UAAAACAGGACAGCUCUUUACUAUCCUCACUUUACCGGGAGCACCAGUCUCAUCAUCAGUCAGAUCCACUUAACAACAACAAGCCUAACAUGAGCAGGAACUAUAUGUCCAAGUAUGACGAGAUGCGGAAAGGAGACUACAUGUGGUCCAAUAACAAGGAAUACAAGGCAAUUUUUCAGGAGGACGGCAACUUUGUCAUCUAUGGCUGGAGGCAGAUGUGGUCCUCUGAAACUCCUGGCAUGAGCAACGCCUACCGUCUGUGCAUGCAAGACGACGGCAACUUCGUCAUGUACACGAGGGACAACAAAACCAUGUGGCACACCAACUCCCCGAGGACUGACGGCUUCAAGAUGUGUCGCAUGUGGCUGCGUAACGACGGCAACCUGGUCAUCGAGAAGGACGGUGAGGAGGUGUGGAACUCUGCCUCCUCCAAGGGUCAGAAGUGAAGUGUUCGACUGCAGCUCCUCCAGAGAGUUGAGAAACAACCUUCAACUUACAUCUUAGAGGAGUGGUCUCAACACUCGC